CACAUGAGAGCACAAUUCCGUUUAUUAUGUCGCUGUAUAUGGGCUGGGCAGGAGUUGGGCAGCAGUUGGGUAGGAGUUGUGAAAAUAUGAUAUUGCUACCAGAAGCUGGGUGCAAGUUCAAGAAGACAUAACAUGAAGCUCCUCCUAUACCAGAGCCUGAUGCUCCUCUCCUGGUACCAAUAUAUUUCAUGUAACGGGGAAUGUGGCCCCAGGAUAAAUGUGCCCGGCGCAGAAGGGGGAGGAGCCACGCUACCAGUGAGGGUACAGGAGCAGAUAAAAGACAUCUCUUGGGUUAUAAGUGACGGUGGGAGAGUAAAUCAUUUUGCUACAACAAAACCCAAUGAGCCCAUUGAUAUCCGUGAUAAUAAGUUUGAUGGGAGAUUGCGCAGUGAGACAAACGGAUCCUUAACCCUCACGGAUCUAACCAAUCAGGAUCAGAGAAUCUACACAGCUAACAUUCGCUCACAAUCCAAUCAGCGGUGUGACCAACUGUAUCAUCUCCAAGUCUUUAAAAAACUCUCAUCAGAAGAUAUCCUGAUUCAUCAAAACAUCACCCAGAAUGACACCCACAAUGGGCCCUGUACCUUUACUGGCACCUUGACCUGUACAGUGAAUGCAUCAGAUGUGACUCUCACCUGGAAUAACACAAACAGCCCCGGCACAGAAGUGACCAAUCACACGCUCCGUGUCUAUAAUGCUCAGUCACUUGCUAUAUACAGUUGUGCUGCCCGGAACCCAAUCAGCGAGGCUUCCAGAACUGCACAUAAUAAAGAAACUUGUGAUAAAGGUCACACAGCUUUGAAGUUAGCAGGAAAUUCUGCACCCUCAGGGUGGAUCGUUCUGGGUUUAAUACCAGUGGGGAUCGUUGUGGCUGCAGGUUAUUGCUGGUUUAAAAGGAAGAAGGAUCAGCAUAAUCUGGAAAUUAAAGAGAAUACUGUCUAUGGUCAGGGUCGGACUGGGCCACCAGGGAAUGGGAAAAAACCUUGUGGGCCUCGCUGGCCCGACACGAUCCCUGCUGGGCACUCCCCCAAACCGCUAAUCUCCCCACCCGGCGCUCAGAAGGUCCAAAGACCCGAGAAAGGGACCGUAUCUGAUUAUGGCACAGAAAAAGAACGAGAUGAAGAGAGAGCACUAACUGUGUAUACUGAGGUUCUACUGCCAAAGGGGGGCCGAGCCGGGCAGGGGAAUCCCACACAGGGAGAGAAAAUAGAGACUGUGUAUAGUGAGGUGACUCUUCCAGCUCAGGGUCCAGAAGACCAAUGUAGGAAGAAGAAGCCAUACAGCGAAGACCAAAAAGAAGAAUCAUGUUAUGAUUUGGUCAAGGCACCCAUUAACACAAGGGACCCAUCAAGCAAUAAUCCCAGCAGACCAUCCUACAACCAGUUGGUGUAAAGUCUUGAAUGCUCUUUAUCCACGGCUGCCAUCUUGUAUUGGCAAGCUCCUGGUCCAGCUAAUAUACCCUGUUUGCCCUAUUUCUGGCUGGAGUCUCCCAGACACUUCCCCUGGAAUGGCCAAGCCCCACAGGCCCAAUCCAAAGACAGCAUCUACUGAGCGUCCUCUACGCCUGAGGCAUCCAAUAAGGAAGAAGUGGCUAUUCAGAGUUUAUGUGACCCUACUGGAAUAAUACAAUGGCUUUCCUCAAGGGAUUUUUGUGGCUGGAUAAACAGAGUUACAGUGCUGUGAAAUAACUUAAUGGUAAUUAUGGGAGUAUAGGGAUAGGAAAUAGUUAACAUGGUGACAUGUUUCCUUUAGGAGGAAAGUAUUCUUCCAUUUCUUUAAGGCAGGGGCCUCCAACCUUUCUUACUCAUGAGCCACAGUCAAAUGUAAAAAGACUUGGGGAGCAACACAAGCACCAUAAAAGUUCAAGGAGGUGCCAAAUAAGGGCUGUGAUUGGCUAUUAGGCAGCCACAAAUAACUACCUGGUUUGGGGGCACUGAGAGCAACACCCAAGGGGUUGGUGAGUAACAUGUUGCCCCCGAGCCACUGGUUGGGGAUCACUGCGUAAAGGAUAUGUUCUCUAAUUGAUAAAAGGGGAUAGAGUCUAGGUUCUAGACUCUUGGUGGUCCACCUAAGAAGCAGGCGGGAGUCCUGAGGUUCCAGUGGGCUAAAAUAGACCCUGAGUUAAACCAGGGCCCCCAGGCCCAGUGACUGAGGGUAACUAAAGGAGAGUCAGACCCUGUCAUAGAACACCCCGGGGGUGUAAUAUAGAACAGAUUAGAAAGCACAAGCAUCUUAGUGCCCCAACUUCUGAAUAAUGGAGUUAUAGUAGAUUUCCCGUAUUCCUUAAUUGAGACUCAACUGAUUCCAGGGAACUUUCAUCUCAGGAAUAAUCUUUAAUAUACUGUGAACAUCAAGGCACUUUGCAGUUGGUCUUCCUUUUUUAUUCUGUGUGUUUUAACCAUUUCCUUUUUUCCUUUGAUAUUACUUGCACUUUAUAUUGAUAUUCAGAGUGGAGUAGAGGGCUUAUCUAAUAUUUAUCUUACAAUGUGCAUCAUAAACUAAACCGCAAGCAAACGCUUCUCGGCUUCAGUUAUAGUGCAACAGAUAUAAGAUUCUAACGGGUAACAGUCGAUUAAAAUGGGGUUAGGGGGAAUUUACUGAAAAAUACUCCCACUUCCUUUCAACUAGCUGUGUGUAUGUCAGUAAUAACUAUAUUAGCAAGGGGGAACCACCAUAGGGUUAUGGUCCCUUGGCCAGUGGGACCCAGACUGAAGGGCAGCUAGGGUCAGAUUUGGGGGGAAAGCAUAUUUGCUCUCAUUGAUGCUCCAUUGAGCUUGAUAUGCUGGCCAAUCCAUUGGGGCAAACUCAUUUGUUGUUCUACAUACUGGGACAUAUUUACUAAAUUAGUUAAUUGCAAUUAGUGUCUGUUUCUACAUGGAGACAAGGAUUGGCUCGCCCCAUUUUUGAGGAAGAGGAGGGCCAGCCAGGGUUAGGACUUUUCUGAUGAUUAAAAAUGGGGGUGCCAUAACAACUGUAGUGUCCUUCUCCCUUAAGAUGUGACUAUGAUGUAGAAAAACCAAUAACCUAUUUAAGAAUAGAAAAAGGCCCAAAUACAAGUCUUGCUUGAGUAUUGUGUGGUCCAUAAUAUACUGUGAGCAGGUACUUCUUACAUUGCUGUUAGCCCACUCCCCGCCCAACAGGUAUUCUGUAAUUUGCUCUAGUUCUAGUAACCCAUAGCAACCAUUCAAUAUGUAGCAUUUACUGCUCUACGGUUUCAAAGCAAAUAUCUCAUAGGAGACAGUUUGAAUAGAAAACAUUGUAGUUUGUGAUUAAUAUGCUUAUUUUGGCUACCACAGUGAGUAUUCCCAGAAACCAUCAUUCAUUAAUGAGCACAAAAGCACAUUGCCCACUGAUCAUUGCUUGCAUUCAGAAGCCUAAGUAAGGCUGCCCAUUCAUGGAUACAUCCAUUUUCUAAACAAGGGCACCAAACAGGUGGCGCUUUACCCAGUUUUGCCACCAAUCUGGUCAUAACAUGGGGCUUAAGUAAGUAUGAAUGCUACAGUCCGUCUAACCUGUCCAACAGACUGGCCAAUCACCAGUUAGAUAUCUGUUGGGCAGGCCAAUGGUUUGGCCAGAUAUACGGACUACUAAGAAACAGUCUCUGUUUGGAGAGGCAGCUCAUAUUGCCCCAUGUAUGGUCCCGACCCCAUAGUCCACUUUCUUUAGCAUAAAAGGCUUUAUUAGUAACGCACUGCAGAAUAUGCUGGAGAUAUGUAACUGUAAGCAAAUAAAGAUUAAUAGCUGUG